AUGAGUUUCCUUCAUCUUCCCCGGCUCAGAGCAUUCAACCGGGCUGUCGCCAGACCGAUUAGCUCCAAAAUCAGCCACUUUCAUACCACCUCGUUUUUAAGAAACGAAAUCUUGAAGACUUUGCCCCAAACCUACGAAGAGGAAAAGGCCAUCAUCGAUGAGAUAAACACCACCUUGAGUCCCGAAGAUGUCAACAAACUUGACAGAAUGAGAAACAUCGGUAUCUCUGCCCAUAUUGACUCGGGAAAAACCACUUUCACCGAAAGAGUCUUGUACUAUACCGGUAGAAUCAAGGCCAUUCAUGAAGUCAGAGGACGUGAUUCAGUCGGUGCCAAGAUGGACCAUAUGGAGUUGGAAAGAGAAAAGGGUAUCACCAUCCAGUCUGCUGCAACUUACUGUUCUUGGAACAAGGACAACCAGGACUACAGCUUCAAUCUUAUUGAUACUCCAGGACACAUUGAUUUCACCAUCGAAGUCGAAAGAGCCUUGAGAGUCUUGGAUGGUGCUGUUUUGGUUGUUUGUGCCGUUUCUGGUGUGCAAUCCCAAACUGUCACUGUUGACAGACAGAUGCGUAGAUACAACAUUCCAAGAAUCACCUUCAUCAAUAAGAUGGACCGUAUGGGAUCCAACCCAUUCAAGGUCAUCGACAUGAUCAACCAAAAGUUGAAGAUCCCUGCUGCUGCCAUCCAAGUUCCUAUCGGUUUAGAAGACAACCACAAGGGUGUCGUCAACAUUAUUGACAGAGUCGCCUUGUACAACGAAGGUGACAACGGUGAAAUUAUCAGACAGGACAAGGUUCCACAAGAGUUGGAAGAAAUUGUUGAGGAAAAGAGAGCUUUGUUGAUCGAGACAUUGGCAGAUGUUGAUGAAGAAAUCGCUGACUUGUACUUGGAAGGAGAAGAACCAUCUACUGAACAAAUUAAGGAUGCCAUUAGAAGAUCUACCAUUGCCAGAAAGUUCACUCCUGUGUUGAUGGGUUCUGCUUUGGCCAACAAGGGUAUUCAACCUGUGUUGGACGCUAUUGUGGAUUACCUUCCAAAGCCCAACGAAAUUCUCAACAAGGGUUUGGAUGUCACUGAAGGUGAAACUGCCGAAGAAAAGCCAGUUAACUUGGUUCCAUCUUCUACUUCCUCGUUUGUUGGUUUGGCUUUCAAGUUGGAAGAAGGAAAGUACGGUCAAUUAACCUAUAUCAGAGUUUACCAAGGUAAGUUGAAGAAGGGUGGCUACAUCACCCACUUGAAGAGUGGUAAGAAAGUCAAGGUCUCCAGAUUAGUGAAGAUGCACUCCAACGAUAUGGAAGAUGUUGAUGAAAUUGGUUCUGGUGAGAUUUGUGCCACUUUUGGAAUUGAUUGCGCCUCUGGUGACACUUUCAUCGGUACCAACAGUGAAAAGAAGAUUGCUAUGAGUAGUAUGUUCGUCCCUGAAGCCGUGAUUUCGUUGAGUAUUGCACCAAAGUCCAAGGACAAUGGUGCUUUCUCCAAGGCCAUGAACAGAUUCCAGAAGGAAGAUCCUACCUUCAGAGUCAAGUUCGAUAACGAGUCAAAGGAAACUGUCAUCAGUGGUAUGGGUGAAUUGCACUUGGAAAUCUACGUCGAAAGAAUCAAGAGAGAAUACGGUAUCGAGUGUGUGACUGGUAAGCCCCAGGUCUCUUACCGUGAAGCUAUCACCGUUCCAACCACCUUUGACUACACCCACAAGAAGCAAUCUGGUGGUGCUGGUCAAUUCGGUAGAGUUAUGGGUGAAAUGUCCCCAAUUGAGGGUGGUCAAAACAAGUUCUCCCAACACAUCAUUGGGGGUAAGAUUAGUGAGAAGUACUUGUUGGCUUGUUCCAAGGGGUUCGACGACUGCUUGGAGAAGGGUCCUUUGAUUGGCCACAAGGUUUUGGGUGUUCACAUGCACGUCAAUGAUGGUGCUACCCAUACUGUCGAUUCUUCUGAACUUGCGUUCAAGCUCGCUACCUACGGUGCUUUUAGACAGGCCUUCUUGGAUGCUCAACCAGUCAUUUUGGAACCUAUCAUGUCUGUUGAAGUCAAUGCUCCUCUUGAAUUCCAAGGAAGUGUUAUGGGUUUGGUCAACAAGUUAGGAGGAAUGAUCAUCGAGUCAUUAAACUCCAACGAUGACUUCACAGUGAUUGCUGAAUGUUCCUUGAACUCUAUGUUUGGUUUCUCAACCGCCUUGAGAGCAUGUACCCAAGGUAAGGGAGAGUUCAGCUUGGAGUUCUUGAAGUAUGCUCAAUGUGCUCCACAAUUGCAAAGACAAUUGAUCGAGGAGCAUGAAAAGAGUUUGGCUGCGAAAAAAUAG